AUGCCAGACUUGUCGUGGUUUCACUCGGCCCUUCUCCUAUCAUGUCUCGGGACGCUCGCGCUUUCGCAUCCCAUCAUCCUAGGUCCGCACCAUCUCUACGACAGCUCACACGCCGCACAAGGUUUAGUUCAUCCCGAUGCACUACGGGGACAGCUCGUACAAACACCUUCAGCCUUGUUGAAUGCACUCAGUUUACGCAAUGCUGAGAUAUUCGUGUGGGCGAAUGCGAAUUCGAAGGGUGCGUGCACUUGCCUCUUAUCUUCUCUCGCGCCACCCCUAUCAACAGGGGCAAUUUCCUUGCGCUUUAUCUGUUUCAGAACUGACUUCACCUUUUAUAAAAUCGAAAAGGCACGAGGGGGACUUCGCAGGUCGCUGUAAUGCAGAUGGACACUCUCGAUCAGGAGAAGGUAAGUCGCUACAUUUUGGCGAAGAUUCCUCCCGCGCUGGCUCCUGACAAGGGACGGGCCCGCACACCCCUUUCCAGGCCAUCAACAUGCAGCGAUUUUCCCAUCUCCUCGCUAACGUCAGAUGCAAACCUUCCCAAGUAACUGUUCAAUUCGUAACCAAAGCCGCUUUUGAAGUCGCCUCCCAGCUCUGGAGCGCUCUCAACUCGGAUAACAUAACCCACCUCAACCUCUUCACGAAUUGGAAGGGAUGCUACACCGAUGGCGGCAACCUCAAGCCUUUUCAUCUCACCAAGGUUUCCUUUGAUUCAAAACAACUCGCCGCGACUUUGACUGGAAGUGAAACGGAUUGGAAGACGGCAGCCCACACCUUCACCAUGUCAAUCGGGAAGCACUUCGACGAAACUCUUGCCGCCGCCGGCGGUUCCUCACGGCCCUUGUUGACCCGAAGCUCGAUCUUCACCAAAGCGGAGAAAAAGAUCAAAAAGGACUUCGCGGCUGAGCUAAAUUCUGUGGCGAAGUCGAUCGACAGAGCAAAGUCCAAAAUCCUCAAAGGGAUCAAAAAGGGGCUCAAUGCCACGCUCGUCAACAUCAACCAAGACCUCCGCGUAACCUUCGACAAGCCCCACACAGCGACCAAAACUCUCUCCACUCCCAGUUUAGGCGGAUCGGUGACGUGCACCGCUUGUGGCGCGCAUGGGAGUCUGGGGGUUAGGAUUAUCAUCAAGGUCACGUUGGCGGCAAUGCAACCGGUGAAGCUCACCAUGAAGCCGCAGAACCUUGGAGUUUCGCUAGGGUUGGCGAUGAGUGCGAAAGUGAGUGCGCUGGCUUGUGCUCGAGAUGCAUUUGGCUCCCCUGUGUGGAGGUCUCGAACUGCAGAACUGACUACCAAGAAAACCCUGAUCACAGAGCGACCUCCCCGAAUCCUUUGAAAUCGAAAAUCCCCUCUUCGAACAACCAAUCCCCGGCGCCGGGUUGGUGAUUCCCGAACUAGCCACCGUCGGUCUCACCGCUUCGCUAGACUACGGGAUCUCCGUCUCCAACUUCACAGGCGGCCUCAACGUCGCCAAAAACGUGUCUGUCAGCAUCCCUGAUGGUGCGGAGGUCGAUUUGCUCGUAACCCAUUCAAACGAUGAGCAACCGACGUUGCGAGGGAGUUGGGCUCCUGUUGCGCAGCCGACGCCGAUGCAGGUUAGCGGAUUUGGCUCGGGCGAAUUCGCGGUCGGUCUCGGCAUCUCGCUCAGUCUCAAAAUGGAGGUCAUGAGCCUCGGUGCGUUUGAGCCUUCGAUCUCGAGAACUCUUGAAGCUACCUCGAACACUGUCACUGAUUCCGUGCCGGCCCCGCUUCCUCGCAGAUAUCACCCCUAUCAAAAUCACGCUUGGCGGGCCCAGUGUUGGCUUCGGUGAGCUUUGUCCAAUCCUCGUGCUCAAGUUCCAAGUUCUCAAAUCUAGCCGCGUAACCCCCCCUCUCCAGAAUUCGGUGUCUCAAGUAAAGGUUCCGGGCCCUGCCCCUCCCUCAGCUCUUCACAUGACCCAACGUAUUACAUUACCCCGAAGAUCGGUUUCUCCCUCUCCAUCGGUUCGGGCCUCAGUGUUGGUCCGGGCAUGUGGGGUCUCGGGAGCCCGAUCCCAGCUAGCGGUGGACCUAACAAGAACAGCUCACAGGCAACAGGAAGUAGCGGUGGUGGAGGUGGCGGGUCUAAUCCUCCUCAUCCCUCAUCAACGCACACCAACCCGGAUCAAAAGGACUCCUCCCAGCUCGCCGUCGAAACGAGGUCCGUCACGAAACGCCACAAUCACGACUCAAUCGGCGCCUCGAAAAUGAGCAUCAGUGCCUCCAAGACUUUGUUUGAAAAGAGUUUCCAGCUCCACAACCCGAUCUGCUUUACGAGUCGGCAUCAUCAACGACGACCGUUAUCAAACAACGGGAGGAAGGACGAGCCGGAUGGAGGUCCUCGACGACUUCCGAACUCAUCGGAGUAA